UUUUUAGAUUAUCCAAAACAAAACAUGGAUCAGGAUUUCGACUAAUUAUUAUUUUAAUUGUCGAGGAAUUCAAUUGUUAGUUUCUCAAUCACAUGGCAUCUUAAAAGUGCUUCUUCAGUCAGCAGUCUAAAACUGCUGCAACUGCAGUUUAAUCCCCUCAUUUAAGAAGCUGGAGCUUUAUUUGUGUGCAUGCUUAUUUUCUUGGAAAUUACAUUAAGGAUUAAAUGAUUAAAUUGAAAUAUUCAGCUAAUAAUUUCUGCUGUAGAUAAGUGCUGUUUCUAUUAUAAAUCAUAUUUGUAUUUUCUUGCCUCAGGAUGUGCUUCUCUGUUUCUCUUUUGUCAGAGUGUGAUUUGGAAAGAACUGACAUCUUUACAUUCUCACAGCAUGUAUGUGCUGUAUGCUACAGCCAGUACAAAACCACAUCAUCUAGGACACAAUAAGUAUUCAUGCUACAUCCUUGUUUGCCUCUGUGUGUGCGUGCGAGGGCGAGAGCGCAUGUGUGUGUGCUUGAGUAUAUAAUGCCACCUGCCCAAAGGGAAUUCAUCCUAGAAAACUGGGAUGAAGAUUAGGAUAUCCUAAAACUUUACCUUGUUCUCCCCUCGCCUCAUCAUCCAAUCGUCCCUCUUACCCUUUAUCCCCUGCCCUCCUGCUUUCAUCCUUCCCCUUGAGCACAUUUUGUAAACAACCUUCUCUUUCUCCCUGCAGCGAUAAGAAAAGGGUUUUGCAGCCGACAGCUGAGGCUUUGAGUUCUUGUUAGUAUAGUGCACAUAAUAGUAAUACGUUUCAGCUCACAUGCAUGUUUUGCUCGUGUCAUGCCAUCUAUCGGCUUGGCCACGCUCCCAAACUAAUUAUUCCUUAAGACCACUAUCUCCCCUUCCACCUGGAGACAGGAUCUACCAAAUACGUUUUUCCAAUUUGUUUAGAAAAAAAAUGACAUGAAAGGAUGGAUUACACCAAAUUAUUUUUGUAUUUAAAGUUAAAAUAAUUAAAGUGUAAUAAUCAAUUUUUCAUGUGUCUGUCAAGUGUGUUGCUGUCAAAACCCCCAAAGUUAAAAAACUAUCUGGUGAACCUGGAGCAGAUAACAGAAAACAUAUUUCCAUCAGGAAGUAGUGGAAACCAAAACACAGCUAAAAGGAAAGUGAAAAUUGGACUUAAAAUCAGGUGGCUAGAGACAAUAUUCCAAAUGAAUGCUGAUGCCUCUCCAAUGCUGUUGGAUGUCGGAUAAAUAGGCAACAAUUCCCUCAUACAAUUUCACCAUAUGAAGGUAAAAUCUGACAGUAUUCCAGUGCUAUUAAAAGAUGUCACAUUAUCUGUCACAUGAAUUUCCAGAUUGUAAAAAGAGCUUCCACAUAGUGUACAGUAAUAAUAAAUUCAGACUGUAUAUCAGAGCAACAAAUGGGAUGAUAGUGGUCAAGAAAAUGGAAGAUCAUAUAACUUGUUUUUGUUUCAUGUGGUUCUUUGUGGUAUGAGCCCUCCACAAACGCAAACCAUUUUAGUGAUAUUUGUUGUCGCAGUAAAGUAAAUAUGGAGAGAAGGCCUAUAUGCCUCAGUACUGUGAGGUCGUAGGCACAUGUUGACGGGGCCCCAAUCGCCUGCCAAAUGUCUCAUCUGACUGGCUUGGUGGUUUGCUGCUCUCUUCCAAAAACACAGCGGACCACUCUUCAUUAAAAAAGCAAAUAGAAGGGCACCCCAACAGAAAGGUAAUGCAAGCAAACAGAGCCAAUUGGUUCUGAAGAGACAAAUUUAACACGCAGAUAUGAUUACCUCAGACACCACUUCUCCCUUGAUUCCACAAACAACAGUUAGGCAAGUCAAUUUACCUUAAUUUUAUUGGAGGAGAAAGCCAGCCUGCUAGCCAGGUUGAAGCCAGUGCUCGAUGCAAGUGAGCACUUGUUAGAUGAUAAUGGAUGCGUGUAAUUGGUGAAGUGCUGAUUGCUCCAGAAAAAAAAAACAAAGAUUCCAUCAGAGGAGAAUUUCUGUUUCAUUAAGCCAUGGUCAGAAAUAAUAAGAUAGCCAUCUGUACACUGAGAUAGGGAAAGAGAAAGGGGGGCUGCGGGAUGGAAAGUUGUCAUGAUCAGAGAUGGCAGCAACAGAUUCCAGUUCUGUGUAAUAAUAAUGUAAAGAUGGCAACGUGCAAGGGCUGUGCUUUCGGUGGAUGUCCUCAUCAAUCCUCCUUUUUCCUUUUUCGUAUGUCGUCGUCGGUGCAUCUCAUUUUACCUUCGCUCCCUCUGUUUGUAAUCAUCUAAACCCUAUCUGUGUGUUUUUCAUACUGCUGUGUGUGUGUGUGUGUGUGUGUGUGUGUGUGUGUGUGUGUGUGUGAGGUUAACAGCCUUAAUGUACAACUGACUGGCUGCACACCAGCUUCCUUUUAUGACCCAGGAUCAAAUACUGUAAAGCAUGCUCUGAUAGGCAUGCAAACGCACACUGAUACAGAUUCUUUAGAACCACAAGUGCUUACUCAUCACACAGCGUGGAGGGCAGGCACUGUGAGCCAGUUUAUGUGCUUUGUUUUCCAAUGCACUGAUUACUGUGGAGUGCACGGUCUGCAGCUCAUAUUUUUCGAAGGUCCCUGCCUGGCCCCUCUCACCGAGUUUCUCUCAUAUAUGCAAGGACGUCUUCUUCAUUUAUUUAUGACAACAGAACAAGAACAGGACUCAUCCAGGAUGAGGCCGAUGAGCAGUGUGAGUCUUAUGGGCCAUAAAAUGAAGACUAAUGGGAAUUCUAUAGAGAAAAUUUCAGUGAUGGUUUGUGUGAGGGGAAGCCCCCUAUCAUUUCCAAUCAGCUGCCGGUUCUGCAUGACUAAUGCUGAAAUGACAUAUAUCACUGUCAGAUAGGGCAUAUUCACACAGAUUCUUUUUCUUUUCUUAAAAAUAGACACAUUAUGACGACGGCCUCAAACACACGCACAUACACACACUUGUGCAGCUCACAGCUAGCCCGCUCUUAUCAUGUGGGCUGACACCAUUUUGCUCUCUAACAAUCUUGCUAAUUAUAAUUGUUAAUUAAUUCUCUGCCAGUGUCCUCAUCAGGAGACUAAUAACCUACAUUUCCAUUAAUUAGACCUUCAACCCUUCGCUCCCUCUCCCAGUCUCUCCGUCCCACUCCAAUCCACCCCUCCGUCCCCUGCCUGCAUCUCUGCGCCCGCCUGCUGCUUUCCUCCUCCCAGAAUUGUCCAGACCAAGUGCACACAUGGAGUGUGUGUGUGUGUGUGUGUGUGUUUGUGUGUGUGUAUGUGUACGGUAAAUAAACCUGGAGCUAGAUUCUGGUUAACUUUGCGUAAAGACUAUGAGAACAGCUAACCUAGCACUCUCUAAAAAAAAAAUCCACCUACCAGCAUCUCCAAAGUUCACUAAUUAAUAGUAGUCCAAGUCUCUGUGGGUUGCCUGGCAACCGGUCCCCGGCCAACAAAUAGUCUGGCUUAUAACCCCCUGAAAAACUGUGAGUUGUCUGUUUCACACUUUUGUUGCACAGAGUAAACAAACCAGAGGUAAUGUGUGAGGGCUGGGGGGGGGUCUUACUGUCAAGACUUGGUUUGUGGUUCAAGCAAAUGGAUGGAAGUCUAUGCAGCAUCCUUACAUUACAUUACAUCCUCCAUAAGUAGCAAAUAAUUGUGUGUGUGUGUGUGUGUGUGUUUGUGUGUGUGUGUGUGUGUGUGUGUGUGUGUUUGUGUGUCUGUGUGUGUGUGUUUGUGUGUGUGUGUUUGUGUGUGUGUCUGUGUGUGUGCGUGUUUGUCUGUGACGGUAUGUGGGAAAAGGACAAACUGGCCCCUCUCUCUUCACAAUGACUCUUCCCAGCAGACUGAGCUGACCUGGUUUCAGUGCACAGCCAAACGGGUGUUAUCAUGCCACCACUUACUCUCAUCUCAGAACAAAUUUUAAACGCAGCGAACAUCCUGCAGCUGCACUGUGGCGAAACAGAUUAACGGGGGCUGUUUAUUUCGCAGGCCUGUUGAUGCUCCCGUGUGGAUCGGCUGCAAACUCCACGACGUUUUAACAGUUUUAUUUCCACUUUUUGAUUAGCCAUUCCUCGGAGUCUACACCAGUGAAGCUCAUACCCCCGUUCUCCAUCUCCCUUUCCUCUCUCCGUCUCGCUCGAGAGGAAGUGAGAGACAGUUGGUGCUUGCCUGCCUGUACUGUAGGCUAUUGGUAGUGGCAAAAUGGCAGCUUCUGUCUCAUCUGUCCUCUUUCCUCCACCACCCUCACCCUCUCCUCUGAGAGAAGUAACCCAGAUUUCAAAAUGAAUUGCCGCCUAUUCCCCUCAAUCUUUCUCUCUCUCUCUCUCUCUCUCUCUCUCUCUCUCUCCUUCUGUCUCUCUCUUUCUUUCACCAUCUCUCAUCCUCUUCUCAGUAAAAACAGAAUCAAUCUUGGAAAGAGAAUACCACCUCUCUAUCUCAUCCUCCUCCUCACCCUGCCUGUGGGUUAACGGAUAUAUUCCACUUCACUCUUCUCUCUUUGGUUCCUAGAAAGCUCAAGUCUCUCGGAACGCUUGUUGCUGUCUCUUAAUUUGAAUGUAUUUUUCUUUGCUCUUCUUUUUAUUAUUUGGACGGGUUCGUCUCUACUUUCCACAACAUUGCUUCUCUGUUUUUUUCUGUCUUUUCUAUCCAUCUUUCUCCCUUUUUUUGAGGUGACAAGCUACAGGUGUGACACCUUUGCUGUUCCUCUGAAGUGAGCCAGACAUAGAACAUAGAGAGGAGGAGAAGAAAGCCGUCCUUCAGUUCACAGUCACCGCAAAUUCAGGUCUUUCCCCUGUACCCAUCUAUACCCCCCUUACUGACACUCAUCAUCUUUUCCCUACCUCCCUACCUCUCCUCUUUUGACCGUGUCCUCCAGGCAUCAUGUCUACCCCGGACUCCCCUUCCCCCUCUCUCUCCUCAUUGACACUGGCCUCCCCUAUAUCAGCAACCUCCCCCGGCGCCUCCCCUCUGCCCUCGCCCCUCUCCCCUCCGCCCAGAGUGCCUGUGUUCCAGAGGAAGGGAGCGCUCAAACACAAGAGGAUUGUCGAGGUGAAAGACCAUCAGUUCACGGCCCGCUUCUUCAAACAGCCCACCUUCUGCAGUCACUGCACUGACUUCAUCUGGGGCAUUGGCAAACAGGGAUUCCAGUGUCAAGUGUGCAGUUUUGUGGUCCACAAAAGAUGUCACGAGUUUGUGACCUUCACUUGUCCAGGAUCUGUGGCAGCCCCCAGACCAGAUGACCUGAAGAGUCGACACGUAUUUAAGGUCCAAACCUACUCCAGUCCGACCUUCUGUGACCACUGCGGCUCACUGCUGUACGGCCUCAUACACCAGGGCAUGAAAUGUGCCUGUUGUGACAUGAACGUCCAUCGACGGUGUGAGACGAGCGUUCCCAGUCUCUGCGGCCAGGACCACACGGAGAAGAGAGGGAGAAUCCACCUGACGGUCCGAGGAGAGAAGGAGGACGUCUUUGUCACAGUGCGGGAGGCUCGUAACCUGAUGCCCAUGGAUCCUAAUGGUCUGUCAGACCCAUAUGUCAAACUUAAAUUGAUUCCAGACCCAAAGAGCCACAGCAAACAGAAGACCAAGACCAUCCGCUCCACACUCAAUCCUGUCUGGAAUGAGAGUUUCACUUUCUCAGUGCGUGGUCACCAGUGGGACAGGCGACUGUCUGUGGAGGUGUGGGACUGGGACCGCACGUCUCGGAAUGAUUUCAUGGGAGCGCUGUCGUUCGGAGUGAGUGAGAUCUUCAGGCGUCCCAUCAGCGGCUGGUUCAAACUACUGGCCCAAGAUGAGGGAGAGUACUACAACAUCCCAGUGCCAGACCCAGACCUGGAGGAGCCUCAGCCAGAUGCCACAACACCCACUCUGCCUCAAGCAUUACCUGCCCCGCUGUCUGAAUCGUUCCCUGCGGCCCUGUCCCCGACGCCGGUCUCGUCCUGUCCACCUGUCCACGCCCCGGGCCCCGGCAAAGUCAGAGUGGGCAUCCAAGACUUCAAUUUCCUCAUGGUUUUGGGCAAAGGCAGUUUUGGCAAGGUGCUGCUGGCAGAGGAGCGAGGCAGCGAGCGUCUGUUCGCGGUGAAGGUGUUGAAGAAAGACGUUCUCUUCCAGGACGAGGACACAGAGAGCGCCAUGGUGGAGAGGAGGGUCCUGGCACUCGCCGCUCGUCCCCACUUCCUCACGUCGCUCUACUGCGCCUUCCAGAGUGAGGAUCGUUUGUAUUACGUGAUGGAAUACGUCAACGGAGGAGACCUGAUGUUUCACAUUCAGAUAGUCGGCAAGUUCAAAGAGGCUCAUGCAGCGUUUUACGCAGCAGAGGUAGCGGUCGGCCUGUUCUUCCUCCACAGCAAAGGCAUCAUCUACAGGGACCUGAAGCUGGAUAAUGUGCUGCUUGACAGCGAGGGCCACAUAAAGAUAGCCGACUUCGGGAUGUGCAGGGAGGGCAUGUUGGAAGACGACACCACCCGCACCUUCUGUGGCACGCCUGAUUACAUCGCCCCUGAGAUCGUGGCGUAUCAGCCCUAUACUAAAGCAGUGGACUGGUGGUCUUAUGGAGUACUGCUGUAUGAAAUGCUGGCAGGACAGCCACCAUUCGAUGGCAUUGAUGAGGAGGAGCUGUUCCAGUCCAUCAUGGAGCAGAGCGUCACAUACCCGAAAAGUCUCUCUCGUGAGGCCGUUGCUAUCUGCAAGGGACUCCUGACAAAGCACCCGGCAAAGCGUCUGGGUGGGGGAGAGGACGCGGAGAGAGAGAUUAGGGAGCAUCCGUUCUUCCGCUGGCUUGACUGGGACCGUCUGGAGAGACUGGAGAUGCAGCCGCCCUUCAAACCCAGAACUGGUGGAAAAAAAGGGGAAAACUUUGACAAGUUCUUCACCGCGGCUCCGUCAGUGCUCACUCCCUCGGACCCGGAUAUACUAGCAGCCAUCAACCAGGACGACUUUGAGGGCUUUACCUUCCUCAACCCAGACUUUGCCCCCUCGCCUCUCACCGCUGUUUGAAAACAUCUGCUCCCCCCACCCCUCUAACUGCCCUGCAAUCCCCUCAAUGGUAGUUUUAUAACAGGGAAUGUGAACAUAAUCAAAUUCCUAAAGACCUUUACUGUACAUUAAAAAUGUCUCUCUUUGAUAUGUGUAUUUGAUCUUGAUAGCCUCAGAAUAUUUUGCAGCAAUUCACACAAUGCCAAUACGAAGACAUCCAUUAACUUGAUAAACGAUGACUGUAGUAUGAUUACAUACUGUGUGCAUGCAGACUUUUUAGAAGGAAAGGCUUUCACUGGUUUUCUUUAGAGUAGAUUAUCCCAAAAAAGACUACCAAUUUAUUUAAAUCAUUUUCUGUGGUUUUUGACAAGAAUCAGACAGAGAAAGUCUUUUCUCAUGCAACAAAUCCAGGUUGUCCUCAAUAUCUGACUCGUUCUACUUGUGUGUGACUGUUGACACUAUGAUGCAAUGGGAGGAUUGCCGUUUUCGGCAGCCUGUGGAAACACUCAGUCAGGUUCCUCUGGCCUGGCUCGACCUCUCCGUUAACGUCACACCAGUGACCUCAGAUGACCCACUGAGACACUCAAACAACUCAGUGCAAUGUGACAGUUCAUGUGGGCUACAGCACUGCCGCCCCCCCCCCCCCCCCCCCCCCCCCCCCCCCCCCCCCCCCCCAGCUCAUACCAACGCUGCAUGUGGAAGUCCUCACAUUGCUGCCACAGUUUGGCCAGCAUCAAUUUUUAUUCUCAAAUUAGUUUUAUCUCAUGUUUAUCUAAUAUUCCUGUGCAAACUUGAAUUAGGUAUUGCAUAUUCCAGUAUUUUACCUCCUUUUGAAACCCCACACUAGCACUGAAAUAUUUGUUUGCAGAUUUAGAAAAUAUGCCUUUUAGUAUUUUUUUCCUUCAACUAAAACAAGAGGUUUGUCAGUUGGUGCAGGUACAGACACUUUAUUAUUUUAGCGGUGUGUACAGUGAAGCUGUGUAAUGACGUGCUCACAGCAUUGAUUGGGGUGUAAUUAAAAGUGAGUCUCGCUGGGACUGUUCGAUACGUGGAAAAUAACAGCAGCGCUGUCAUUAAAACACUAUCUGAGCAGGGCAGGUGGCUGCAAGCAUGAAGUUUUAUAAUCCCAUUUCAGAGCUCCUAUCUCACGAACCAGCUGGUCAUUUCACACAGGAAUCGGCUAAAUUUUCCUUAAUACAUCUUAAUAAUUAUUUUUUUGUCCACAUUCUGUGUAGGCACAAUGAUAAGUCUCAUCAUUUCUCAUCCGGAGGAAGAAAAUCGAGCAGUUUUCUUGCAGAUGUUUGUGCCCCUGUAAUUGUCUAUCGUCAAUAGUCAAAGGUUUGACUUCAUUUCAAAUGUCACAACACAGAAGACGUCAAUAUGAUAUAUAUAUACAACAGAUAAUCCAUAAUAGAUAAGCAAUAGAUAAUUGUUGACUUAUUUUCAGUUUUCAUGUGCUGGAAAAAAGAACAUUGGAAUAAAGUCUCUGGAAAUGUAA